CUGUCACCGGACAGCACUGAACGAGAAGCACAAACGGGGAGUUGAAUUUGUCCUCCUUGGCUGGGCGGUGGGAGGAGGCGGUGGACGGUGUUUAGGGAGGAUAAACUGAGAUUGAAGCCGCCGCGGGGGACCAGGAGCUCGGUCUACUGCUGCUACUGUAACCCCAGACGGCAUCAACAUGGAGCUGGAGAACAUCGUGGCCAACACGGUGCUGCUGAAAGCACGGGAAGGAGGAGGUGGAAACAGAAAAGGAAAAAGCAAGAAAUGGAAGCAGAUGCUGCAGUUCCCCCACAUAAGUCUGUGUGAAGAGCUGCGACAAACCACAGAGAAGGACUACAGCAGCCUGUGUGAGCGGCAGCCCAUCGGACGGUUACUGUUCAGGCAGUUCUGUGAGACGCGAGCUGAGCUGAGACGCUGCGUCAAGUUCCUGGAUGCUGUGGCGGAGUACGAGGUGACUCCAGACGAGAGGAGGAAGGAGAGCGGUCAGGAACUCGUCGACAAGUACUUCGACCCAAAGUCGGAGGACCACGUGCCUGAGGUGGAGGACGUCAUGAUGGCUCAGUGCACUGAGAGGCUGCAGCAGGAGGCCUGCAAAGAGCUCUUCAAGGACUGUACCAAAUUGAUCCACGACUACCUGAGCGUGGCGCCCUUCGCAGACUACCUCGACAGCAUGUACUACAACAGGUUCCUCCAGUGGAAGUGGCUAGAGAGGCAACCGGUGACGAAAAACACAUUCCGACAGUACAGAGUUUUAGGGAAAGGAGGCUUCGGAGAGGUGUGUGCGUGUCAGGUACGGGCCACAGGGAAGAUGUACGCCUGUAAGAAGCUGGAGAAGAAGAGGAUAAAGAAGAGGAAAGGAGAGUCCAUGGCGCUCAAUGAGAAACAGAUCCUGGAGAAAGUCAACAGUAGAUUUGUAGUGAGUUUAGCGUACGCCUACGAGACGAAGGACGCCCUGUGCCUGGUGCUCACCCUCAUGAACGGAGGAGACCUGAAGUUUCACAUCUACCACAUGGGCGAGGCGGGUUUCGACGAGAGGAGGGCCGUCUUCUACUCGGCGGAGAUCUGCUGUGGGCUGGAGGACCUGCACCGGGAACGCAUCGUCUACAGAGACCUCAAACCAGAGAACAUCCUGCUGGACGACCACGGCCACAUCAGGAUAUCGGAUCUGGGUCUGGCGGUUCAUGUGCCUGACGGGCAGAGCAUCAAGGGACGGGUGGGAACAGUAGGAUACAUGGCUCCGGAGGUGGUGAAGAACGAACGCUACACCUUCAGCCCCGACUGGUGGGCGCUGGGCUGCCUGCUGUACGAGAUGAUCGAAGGCCAGUCGCCCUUCCAGCAGAGGAAGAAGAAGAUCAAGAGGGAGGAGGUGGAGCGGCUGGUGAGGGAGGUGGAGGAGGAGUAUUCCAGCAAGUUCUCCGAGGACGCCACGUCCCUCUGCAAAAUGCUGCUGGCCAAAGAUCCCACGGAGAGGCUGGGCUGCCAGGGGGGCGGAGCCUCUGAGGUCAAAGGCCAUCCCAUCUUCCGCUCCAUCAACUUCAAACGGCUGGAGGCCGGCAUGCUGCAGGUGCCCUUCACCCCCGACCCGCAGGCCAUCUACUGUAAAGACGUGCUGGACAUCGAGCAGUUCUCCACGGUGAAGGGCGUCGAGCUGGAGCCAAAAGACGAGUCGUUCUACAGCAAAGUGUCCACGGGCAGCGUUUCUAUUCCUUGGCAAAAUGAGAUGAUCGAGACAGAGUGUUUCACAGAGCUGAAUGUUUUCUACCAGGACGGGACGGUUCCUCCAGACCUGGACUGGAGAGGACAGCCGUCCCCUCCCCCCAAACAGGGACUCCUGCAGCGGCUGUUUGGCCGACAGGACUGCUGUGGAAACUGCAGUGACAGUGACGAGGAGCCCACCAGGCUGUGACACACACACACACACACACACACACACACACACACACACACACACACACACACACAGGAUCUCAUUUGUUUACAACUUUUGCACAUUUGUAUUUUUGAGACAGUACUCUCUCUCUCUAAAUGUCAGAAUGUAUAUUUUCAGCAUAGCCAUAAAGUUUAAUGUUAUUUAAAAAGGUGUGAAUAUCGGUUGUGGACGAACCAGGAGACGGGGACGAAGACAGAAGAUGAACUUUUUGUUUUUGUUGUUGUUGUUUUUAGUUUCUUUAUUUUGUGUACUGGGAAAGCUCUUUGCUUUCACACUCGUCCACUUCUACAUUUCCAUGUAAAUCUUAAUCUUAAAGAACUGGGAGCCGCCGCUGCUGCUGCUGCUGCCGCCGCUGCUCCGCUGGAACUAUCGCCUGCUGUAAGUGCCUUGCUCGAGGGCACCGUGACACAGUGGUUACCAAGGGAGGACUGAGCAUUCCUCGAUUUCUUUACAUUGCCCCACUUUGUCCAGGGAAUCGACUUAGUGACAUUCAGCUACUGAACUAUGACCACUUUACUUCCUCUGCCCUCCAUUCUGCUGAGACCGACCUCACUGCUGCGUUUCUCUUCUAUUUAACUCCAGGUUUUCCUUUGCUUGAUGUCAGAGCCGUGACGUCUACAUCUGCAGAUAUUUUUAUAACAAUAUUGUUUGUAUUUUUUUUUUUUUUCCGUGAUGGAGACAAUCGACUUGUUGUGUCAGUGGCUUCAGUUGCUCUUGUCAAUUCAAGAUGUGACUAUAAAGAUGUCGUGAAGUUAAAUUAACCCUUCACUUUUUUCCCUGAAGUUAUAUUUUGGAGCUGCCCCCAUUUUCACAAAAGAUGCUAACAGCAGAGGUUUAACUCAAAUAAAACAUUUUAAAAAGGCAGUAUUUGAAAUUAUGUUAAUAACACUUUUAUUAUUAUUAUUUUAUUAUUUUAUUAACUUCUUUUUUUAGGAAAAAAAGUAAUUUGGCACAUAUUAUCGAGAAGAUACACAAUGCUCUUUUUCCAAAUCAUGGCCCACUUUUCUCAGAGCACUUUUUAUUUUAAUUAUAACGAUCAAACAUUGAACUGAAAGCAGAGGAAGAUCAAUUUUCUUUUUUGUUGAAUGUGCAGAGAUCACAUGUCGAUUCAACCAGUUCCUAUCAUUGGCUUAUUACAGAUAGAAUAUGAGAAAAAAAAACAAUGAAAGGAGGUUUUAAACACUUUAAUGUUUUUAAAGAUCAUGUCACUACACUUUUAAUGUUUUCAUAAAAACAUUUAUUAUGUAAAAAAACAUUUUAUAAUUAAAUCUUUUCUGCAAACAGUACAGUUUUGGUUUUAGUUGUGUAAAGUUUACAUGAUGACUUGUACUGAAAUAACUGCUCUAUUUAACCCCAAGUAAAUAUCUGUUAAUAGUUUCUUUAUUGUUGGAAACUGUUUUUUUCCCAUAUAUUAAAUUAUAUGAUUUGAAUCUUUACUGAUUUAAAAGCCAGUGUCCAAGCAUCAAAAUUAUUUCAGGCUAAGACACUUUAAAUAAAACACAUCAGUUACAUUCAGUGGAUCUAAGCAGCAACAAGGAGAAAUCAUCCUUCUCCAACAAACACAUGAACAUUAAAUCCUGGUUAAAUCAAUAGUAACAACAGAGAGUCACAUUACAAUCGUCCUAUUGGAUGUUGCUAGUCAGCCAAUGAAUGAAUCAGCUGAUGCCAGUCAGCCAAUCCAUUUGUGGUUUCAAUGCUCUGCCUGAAAUCCUGUUGUGUUCUCAUAUGUGGUAUGUUGUCCAUCAUAAGAAUAACUGCACUCAACUGGCCCAGUUCAGAAAUCAGCUGUCUGUCUUUUGAUGAUGAAAAUGAUCUGUUUUGGCUUUAAGAACAGAUGAAAAAAAAAAUGUUGCUAAAGGAGAAAACAAUACCCUUUUCUUACCUUACUUUGCCAAUGUUAUUUUUAUAGAUAAAACAUGGUAUCAUCAGCAAACAAACAUAUUUUACAGACAAAAAGUGACUUUCUAACCCAAACCUUUAUAUAAACUGAGCUACAACCACCUGAAAAUGUAUCAGCACAAGAAGUUUCCCUAAUAAAAUGACCAAACUUCAAAUCAAUCAAUAUCUGAUAAGAAAAUAAGUAAACAAGACUUCAAAUUUUAACUUCCUCUUCACGAUUUUAUUCGCUCCUCUUCCUCAUCCAGAUGUUGAUUGAACAAUUCACAGACAGGCCAGGUUUACAUCUGUCCUGUCGAUUGAUCACCUCUAAUGUUUGGUGGCAACAAUUUAAGACAAAAAAGUCCAAAGUUUUUGUGCAUCCAGAUCUGAUCUGAAGUCACUGAAACAACAAGAGUAACUGAAGCCUCUGGGUCAAAUCCUGCGUCACACAAAGACUGAAGCUGGUCUGUUCAUCACUUCAGUAAAAAUGCCUCAGCUGGUACUGUUGCAGUCUAUGGCUUCCUCUUCGAACAUGGCCUCUGAUAUAUCUGAAGCUAUUAAAAUGAAAUACCUCUGAAUGUACAAGUGGCUGUCAUGUGAUUUGUGUAGACUGAUCUUAGGGAACAGAAAACCAGACACCAAAGUCUCAUCGAAGCUGUAAAAAUCUAUUUGUUCCUGCUUGUUCAUUAUUAUUUUUAACACUCAUUCAUCUUGAACGUAACAACCAUGAGCUCAUGAAAGUGUGGAAUUGUCCUUUAACUGUCCCACAGUGAAUAAAUGCUGAUAUCUGUGCGUCUGGUCGCCCAAAAUGAACCAAAUACUCAAGUUUCAGAGACAUUUAUUAAAGCUGCGUAUGAGAAAUGAUGGGGAAACUUUUAAAGGGUCAGUUCAUCAUGUUUACAAAGAGAAAACAUGUUUUCAAACUAUUGUCUACCCAUGCAGAUUUGUUUUAUUUGCUCAUAGUUAACACUUUCUCGGUCUGUGUCGUCUUGUGAAACGUUAUUAGUCACAGCAAAAGUACUGCUCCCAUUCAAAGUCUACAUUUAGACAAUUACAGCCCCAUAAGAUAUAUGGGUUUGGGAUAGCCAAGUAUCCCAGCAUGCAUUUUGUAUCAGCCAUGGGCAAUGGGGGGAGAGGCCAAAUUUAGUUUAAGGAGAGAAAUUAACCGUUUAGUACGGAAGCCGAGAAAGGCCAUACUCGCAAAACACAAAACAAAGCUCUGUUAUCUCGAGAUAAGAAAUUCACAAGUAUGGCCUUUCUCUGCUUCUGUAAUUUAGAUUUUCCUCUUGAUAAUUUACUCCAUAGUUUUUGGAAAUGUAAGGACCCACUAGGUGAAGAUAAUGUGGCGCUAAUGUAUCUAAUCAAAUCUAAUGUGUCUUGCUGACAAAUGGGUUUGUCUGAAGGUAAAGUCACUGAAUGUCAGAGAGAGUUCGAUGAGAAGAUGGAUACCACUCUCAUAUGUCCAGCUGGUUAGCUUAGCUUAGCACAAAGACUGGAAACAGCUGAAAAACAGCUAGCCUGGCUCUUUCUGCUGCAGCUAACCCAAAUGUUUAACCCUGAAGUGGCUAGAAUCUGCUAAAGUUGUUUGUUUUUGUGUAAUUUGAGUGAUCUGACCUUUUUAAUACAGUCUAGGGCUGCAACUAAUGAUCAUUUUCAUUACUGAUCAUUUUCUAAAUUAAUCGAUUAAUUGUUUUGAUUGUAAAAUGUUAGAAAAUAGCGAGCACCAGCCAACGCCUUAAAAUGCCUAAUUUUGUCCGACCAACAGUCCAAAAGCAGAAAUAUUGAAUUUAUUAAAUUAAAUUCUCACCUUUGAGAAGCUGAAAUGACCAAAUGUCAACGCCUCAGCUGACAGAUCCAAAACCCAAAGACUUUCAGUUAUUAUGUACAAAAUAAAGACAAACAUCAAGUUGUCACAUCUGAGAACCUGGAACCAACAAAUGAAUUAUUUUUACUAAAAUGAUUAAUCGAUUAUCAAAAUAAUUGUUGAUAAAUUGAUUUAUCAGCACAUUGUUGCAGCUCUAACAGCCUGUGUUGAAAAACAGAACUUACCCUUUAAGACAUUCACUUCAAAAGUCUGUUUUUUGUUUGUUUGUUGUUGUUUUUUUUUUAAAAAUCAGCUGUUGUGAAAAGGGGCCUUUUGAUGAGCAUGUGCAGAGAGGGAUUCAUUGUUCAGGUUUCUUUGUAUAAAGUCUUUCGGUC